AUGGAAGACCAAGACGGUACUUUUAGCUACGUGCAUAGUUCUCGUUACUCCGGCAGAUGCAUAGUUAAGCUGAUUGAAACGCUCAAAAAGCUUAUUGCAAAUAAUUACUCGAUCGAUAACGUUAGCGAGGUGAGAGUUAAUCUUGAAGAACUCACCAAAGAAUUCGAAUGGUAUAAACGAAUAUCCAGUCGUGGAUUUAAUCUUGCAUCUGUAUCCAAGGAUGCCGCCAAACCGAAAACCGAUGAAGAAGUCUCCGCUCUGGAAGAUAAAAUUUUAGCUGAGCUUGAAAAAGUCAACAAAGCUGUUUUACCUGUAAUCGCUAAAUCGAAGAGUUAUAUUUCCGAGUUCGAAGCUCAACAGACACGCGAAUCGUUAAAUAACUCAUCAAUGAACAUGACUGGUGGUUUUCCUGAACCGAACGUAAAAUUACCUCGAAUUGAUAUACCAAAAUUUGAUGGUGUUGCUAUCGAGAAUUUCCUGGAAUUUUACGCCAUAUUCCAGAACGUGGUUCAUGAGGAACCAACUUUAUCGAAGGUUAAAAAGUUAUAUUACCUUAAACUAGCGUUGAUCGGAGAAGCUCACGAUUUGGUGAAAGAUACUCCUGUUACCGAUAAAGGUUAUGACGAAGCGUGGUGUCUUGUAGUUUCAACCUACAAAGAUAUCAAAUCCAUAACCCGAAGGCACUUCGAUCAAUUAUUCUCGAUAAAUCGAAUCAAAUCAACGAGUGAAAUCCCUAUGCUUCUUAGCAAUGUGAAUCGCGCUUUGAAGGGGUUACGCGCUUGCGGAGAAGACACCGAAAAUUGGGGUCCGAUAUUGAGUUAUAUCGUCUCCGAAAAAUUGGACAACGUAACGUACGAAGAUUUCGAAAAAUCUCUCACAACGAACACUAAGUUUCCACGUUGGAGUGUUCUGAAAACUUUUCUCGAGAAUCGCGCGUCGGUCACUAAACGUAGCAGUGAUUUGACCAAACAGACGAAACGAAACGAUACUCCACCCAGUUCAUCUGGUAAACGAUCGACUUUGACUGCUGUAUCGAAUAACGAAACGCGAAGUGGUCCUUCUGGUACUCCUCAAUCAUCGCCACCGAAGCCAGCUUGUUCCUGCUGUGACAAGUUGCACUUGCUUAUCGAUUGUAACGUUUUUCGCGACAAAACACCGAAGCAGAGAUACGAAAUCAUCAAAUCGAAAUCUCUGUGUGGAAAUUGUUUCCAUUCGAAUCAUCGUACCAACGAAUGUCGUAAACAGCCGAAUUGCAAAAAAUGUAGCAAUCGUCAUCAUACGCUACUGCAUUUUGAUAAAACGAACGACCCGAAGGAUCCACCGAAGCCUGAAUUAAACGAAGAUGGCACUCCAAGAACGACUUGCGGGAUGUCAUCGCUCGUAUCCGUUCAAAAACCGAUUGCGUUAUUGCCGUCUGCGCUUGUAAAGUUUGUUAGCGGAAACAAGUGCGGUACUAUGCGUGUUUUGCUCGAUUCCUGUUCUCAAUUGAAUUUGAUAACGAACGAAUUCAUCAAACGUAACGAUUUAUCAACGACUAAAGCACCCUAUCCGAGUAAAGUGGCGGGUAUUGGUGAUAGCGAAACCGAAUGUAAUCAAAUUAUCGAAUUUUCAAUCGAAUCACGAGUAGAAGAUUUCGAAUUUUGUGCUCGAUUUACUGUAAUCAACAAUCGAAUACCGUAUUCUGUAACGAAUUAUAUCAUCGGCGAUUUUGCAGAAAAGGUGAACGAACGUCGGCUUAAUCUCGCUGAUACUGCUUUCUAUGAUCGUAACGUAAAUAUCAAUUCAAUCGAUGCUAUUCUUGGGGUUGAAGCGUAUAACUUGUGCGUGCGCAACAAAACCAUCUUUAUCGAAUCUGCUUGUCUACGUGAUACCGUUUUCGGUUGGACAAUUUCAUCAUCGAUCGAAUCAGCUCGCAAUACUCGACAUUCUCAACCGUAUUGUGGCUUAACUAUCGACAAUAUCGACCAACGACUCGAACGAUUCUGGAAAAUCGACAGUUAUCCAGAUAGUGCUCCAAAAUCGACCGAGCAUGAAGAAUGCCAGAAACACUUCAUGCGCACUUACCAACGAGCUCCAGAUGGUAGAUUUAUAGUUCAACUACCAUUUAAGGAGGAUCCAUCAGUCAUCACUGGCAACUUUGGUAUUGCCGUGAAAUAUUUAAAACGAAUGGAAUCGAAGUUGGACGAAACGACUAAACGAAUGUACACCGAUUUUAUGAUAUUACAUCCCACAUCACGCUGUGUUACGUCCAUCGAGUACAACUACGAAGUUACGUUUUCCGGUAAAUCGCUCAACGAUGUGCUUAUGGUUGGUCCAACUAUUCAACCUGAGCUCAACGAUACUUUGCUGUGUUUCCGUAUAUUCUGCAAAGUAAUAUCUGCUGAUAUUCAACACAUGUAUCGCUGUAUCGAGAUACUAAAAGCCCAUCGCCGAUUUCAAUCGAUAAUUUGGCGAGGUAAACGACACGAAUUGAAUACGAUAACGUACGGUACUGCUCCUGCUGCAUAUGAGGCAACUCAAUGUCUCGAUAUUCUCGCCGAAGAAGUGAAGGUAACUCGUCCUCGCACUUCUAUCGCUAUACGUAAAGGCUUCUAUAUGGAUGAUUGGCUUUAUGGAGCCGACACCGAUGAAGAAUUAAUCGAAUUGCAGCAAUCAGUGCAUGAAACGUUGUUAUCAGCUGGUUUCAAACUACGAAAAUAUCAAUCGAAUUCGAACGAAGUACUGGCUAAAAUUGAUCCUGCUCUGAUUGAACAUAAUUUGACCGUUCAAUUUGGAGAUAACGAAGCGCUUUCGAUACUUGGCUUAGCUUGGUGUCCUUCUACCGAUAGCUUUGCGCUGAAAACCGAUGUUCCUGCUCCUACGUCAACCGUAACGAAACGUCAAAUGCUAUCUACUAUUUCGAAAGUAUUUGAUCCACUCGGCUUAGCUUGUCCAGUAACGAUUCGAGGCAAGCUGUUGUUCAAACGAUUGUGGAAACUCGGAAUCUCAUGGGAUGAUCCUGUGACUCCUGAAAUCGAUUCGCUGUUUAACGCUUAUUUAUCCGAUUUGAAUCGUUUAUCGAAGUUCGUAAUACCGAGAUAUGUUCGAGAUUUCGACUCGAAUACUGAAACUAUAGUUGGUUUCUGCGAUGCCUCCGAGCAGGCAUACUGUGCUGCUGUAUAUGCGUUCAAUGCAAAACGUCUCCAGUUGCUGUGCUCGAAAACGAGAGUUGCUCCAGAGAAAGAGCUCAAUAUUCUACAGCUCGAGCUCCAAGCAGCCGUUCUGCUUGUGCAACUAAUCCAACGUGUUUCCAAAAUACUCAACGUCGAUAUUCAUCGCAGUAAACUGUUCACCGAUUCGACUAUUGUCCUAGCAUGGCUAUCGAAACCUGCUAGUGAAUGGAAAACGUUUGUUCGAAACCGUGUGGUGAAAAUUACCGAAGUGUUUCCUAUUCAACAUUGGAGCCACGUCCGUUCAGGUGAAAAUCCUGCGGAUCUCGCUACACGUGGUAUUUCGACUGAAUCGCUAUUGCAAUCGAGUAUGUGGCUGUCUGGUCCUGAAUUCGUUAUAAAUCUCGAUAAUUCGUCAAAUAAUACCGAAAUCGAUGAAACAAUCUGUGAACCAUAUCGCAGAAAAACGAAAAUCGCCUCUUUCAUCGCUGCUGACCUUGAAACCAAUCUCAAGAAGCACUCGAAGUUAAUCUCAUCGUGUGAAUCGUAUGAAAAACUCCGGUUCAUGUAUGCUGCUGCUAUCGCCGUUAUUCGUCAUUGGAAAUCUCGAAUUUUGAAAUGA